AUGGAGAGUGCAUUCUGCACUCGCUGGAUUCAUCCUCCAUUGAGUAUAUCUCGUCGGACGAGAUUUCAGUUAAAUCGAUAUGUGUCCAGCUCCUUGCAGUACAACGACGAUGACAACAAAACGUCCAGUUGCACCGCAACAGAAACCUGCUUGGUCAUCAUUGUUUCGCAAUAUGCCGGAUCCUCAACUCCAAGCGAGGAGAUCAGGAUGAUUCAGACGCUACAGUCCAGGGAACAUCACUGCCAGACUGAACAGAACCAAUCCUACCACCCUUUCCGGUUCGGACUGGACAGCUUGGCUUUCAACCAUCUGAUCGUCGUCUUACCGCAGGCUCCCGGCUUUGGGGCUCUGCAAAAGACUCACGGAUGA